AUGGACAUUCAGAACGAGAAGCACCAUGUUUUCAACAUCAGAUUGGCGAAUUUCAUAGGAUUAUAUCAAAUUUUAGAUCCCGGAACAAUACGAUUUCGAGGUCAAAACGUAUACCAAAUUUUCGUUGCGUUCUUUGUGUUGUACACGGCAGUUAUAUCGAUGGCGUUGUUCGUCGACUGUUUGCAUUUAUGGACCUAUAAUAUGUCUAUGAGUUUAUUGGAUUGUUUUGUAGCAACAAACUCAUUUUACGCGUGCUACAAGAUGUGGAUCGUCAUUUACCAUUCGAACGACAUAUGGGACUGUCUGUCAAUCACGCGGUACGGUUUUACGUCGUUUAUCAACCGGAAGCGGAAUGGACAUGACAUACUGGAUCUUUGGCGGGCGCGUUCGGUCUGGUACACCAGCUUGUUGGCCGUUUUGUAUAUUUCGACGUUGGUCAUUUUCACAUUAGGUUUUCUGGCAUUCGGUAACGCUCUAAUACCGAUCAAAAAUCACGACGGUUCGCUCGGAAAUUACCGUCAGAACAUUAUAAAUUUGUAUUUUCUCUUAUCUGACGAGACGUACAAUGAACACUAUAAUACGUUUUUUGUUAUCGAGGUGUGGUUCGCUGUCGCUAUUUUAACAUUUAUCCUUGUAUUUGAUACACUUUUGCUGACACUGUGCUUGGCUAUAUGCUGUCAUAUGCAAAUGGUCUGCGCUGCGUUCCAAUCGGUCAACCACAAAUCACUAAGUGACUGCUCUCAUUCCUUUUCAAUUGAUAACAACGAAGAAAAACAAAUUAUAUCUAAAAAACAUGAUUUAAUAUAUGAUGAAUUAAGAAAAAUUAUAAUGGACCAUCAAGCUGUUAUUAAGAAAUUUGAAUUAUUUUUAAAUAUAUUUGAACGAGUCAUGUUGUCGCACAUUUUUGUUUCGUCGAUUUCACUCAUCAUACUUUGGUUUAAUUUAAUAAUGAAAAUUUUCAAUGAUAGUACAUUAGCGAUUUAUGGCGAUACGACAAUAAAAACGAUUGUGGCAAUUCCUACAGUCUUGUUUCAAAUAUUUAUGGCGUGUUAUUUAUUUGAAAGUGUACACAACCAAAAAGAUUCAAUAGUAUAUGCAUUGUACAGCAGUAAUUGGACCGAAAUGGACAUGAAGUGUAAAAAAUUGAUAUUAUUAACAAUGAAAUUGAAUAAUGCUAAUCAGAAAACGUUAAGGUAUACGCGAACAAGAGUUGUAAAUUUGGAAAUGUUUUUUAAAGUACGUACUAACAAAAUAAUUAUUACUAAACUAAAAUUAUAAAAUCAUAGUCAAAUACAUUAUGAAAUUCAUAUUCUAAAAUAAUGUUUUAACUUAUACCUAUAUAAAUAAUUUUAAUUUUAUAUAAUCAAGGAUCUCACCCUGCGCUACUGCUAAAAGGUUUUUACUUUUUAGCGUACCUCUUUGAGUAGACCACUCUAAUCCCAACUCCUAAGGGUAGCAUUAAAUUUGAACUCAAUGAUAGAAUAGUGCAUAUACGAUGAAAAAUGAUUCUGAAUCUUAGAUUUAAAAAGUAAAAUUUUUAUGAAUUCUCAAGUCAAAAUAAUUUGCUAAUUUUCGUGAUUUUUCCAUAUUAUGUCAAUUUUUGAACUUUAAAUGCAUAUAAAUAAAAACUGUGACUAGGGAUUUUUAAUUUUUUUCAUCUGUCUUUGAAACAAUAACCUAGGAGCCUUCUAUCAAAUUUUCAAGCUUUUUUAAACAACAAAUAGAAUUUUAUUGACAUUUAUAGAAAAAAAAAUUAUUAAUGUCUGUAAACAACUCAAUAUAAGUUGAUUAUAAAAAAAAAAAUAAUUAAAAAUAAUAAAAAAAUAAAAAAAAACACACACAUCAUUGUAAAAUCAAUACAUUCAUUGCAUCGCUCAGAAUCUUAAUUUUUCUUUUGGUUUUCACGUCGCUUUUGAAAACUACUGGGAAAUUUUUGCUUUUGACCCCUCAAAGUACCAAUUAGAUUCACUUUCUUAUCAGAAAAGUUACUGUUGAAGAAAAUCCAAGCACUUUUACUGUCCUAAAAGGUGAUAACAGAAAAAAAUAAAAAAUGGUGGGUAAAUGGAUGUCGCUCUGCUGUACAGUAGGUUAUAAGUGGAUCACUAUAAUGGAUGGUGUUAAAUUUUAAUUAAAUUAUAUAAUAUUGUAACGAUUAUCAUUGUAUAAGAAAAAUGAUUCUGAGCGAAAACGGUCAGCCAGCCUAUGAUAUUACCAAGUAUAUUUGAUGAUAUUAUUGUGAAGAAAGUAAUUUAUAAAUAACCUAUUUACGUGGAGCCUUGUUUUAAAUUUCAAUCCUUAGCUAUAAAAGUUGAACAUUUUAUAAAUGUUUUACUACAAAAUAAUUAUUAAAUUAUAAAUUUGAUAAAUUUUUUUUUUGUUUUUCAUGGUGUUUUUAAAAACUACUGGGAAAUUUUUCAUUUUUCUAUUAGUAAAGUGACUGUUGAAGAAAAUCCAAGCAUUUUUACUAUCUUAAAAGGUGACGAGAGACACAAAAAUAAAAAAAUUAUAAAAAAACACACAUCAUUAUAAAAUUAAUACAUCAUCGCUUCGAUUUCUCUAAAUAAACGAUUUAAACAUAAUUUAAAUUUACAACAUUUUUUUGUUUAUUUUGAAAGUCGAAACAAAGUCAAAUAACAAUAAAAUAUAAAACCGAUAUGUCAUUCUCUCUAAAAUAUAUUUCUCUAUCUUUUUUGUGAUGGCUGAUUUUACUUUAAAAUUACUUAAAAACAUAGAAAAAACGAUUCUGCGCAAAUGCGUUUUGUCUAUGUUGCGCGUGGGUCAGAUAGAGAAAACAAAUAGUGCGCUGACAUCCUCUUAAGCCUUUUUAUAAAACAAUCGAAUAAUUUCACACAAUGUUAAAUUAUUUGUUUAUUUGACAU